AUGAUCCAGGUGGAGCGUGAGUCUGCGGACCUGGACUCUCGCGUCAACAGCAGCAGCAUGGACGGUCUGAACGUGACCCUACGGCCUCGCGCCCUUCCCACCUCUGCCACCGCACAGUCCCUGGCUUCCUCCACCUCCCCCCCAACCAGCGGACACUCCACCCCCAAGCACCACGCCCGCAACACGGCCCACCACCUCGGGAUCAUGACACUGCCGAGUGACUUGAGAAAACAUCGCAGGAAAGUGUCCUCCCCGGUGGAAGUGGACAAAGCAACGAUCAAAUGUGAAACGUCGCCGCCUUCGUCUCCUCGAAGUUUGCGGCUCGAGACGAACUUUGCUCAGUUCACGGGGAGUCUGGAGGACGGACGCGGGAAAGCGAAAAAGGGCAUAAAGUCAUCCAUCGGCCGCCUGUUCGGAAAGAAGGAAAAGGGACGAAUGGAACCAUCAGUGGGAAGAGAAACACAACAGCUGUCUGCACUAACAGUUGUGUUUUCAGAUUUCGAGAUGGGAGCUGGAGACACCAUGACGCUGGGAAAACUGGGCACUCAGGCCGAGAGGGAUCGCAGGAUGAAGAAGAAACAUGAGCUUCUAGAAGACGCCAGGAAAAAAGGGCUUCCAUUCGCUCAGUGGGACGGUCCUACGGUCGUGUCCUGGCUCGAGCUGUGGGUGGGGAUGCCGGCCUGGUACGUGGCGGCCUGCCGAGCGAACGUGAAGAGCGGAGCCAUCAUGUCGGCGCUGUCGGACACGGAGAUCCAGAGGGAGAUCGGCAUCAGCAACCCUCUGCACAGACUCAAGCUCCGACUGGCCAUUCAGGAGAUGGUGUCGCUGACCAGCCCCUCGGCCCCCCUCACCUCCCGAACGUCGUCCGGAAACGUGUGGAUGACUCACGAGGAGAUGGAAAACCUGGCCUCCAGCACCAAAGCGGACAACGAGGAGGGCAGCUGGGCUCAGACGUUGGCGUACGGCGACAUGAACCACGAGUGGAUCGGUAACGAGUGGCUGCCGAGUCUGGGGCUGCCGCAGUACCGCUCCUACUUCAUGGAGUGUUUAGUCGACGCAAGAAUGUUGGACCAUCUGACCAAGAAAGACUUGCGCAGCCACCUCAAGAUGGUGGACAGCUUUCACAGAGCAAGUCUGCAGUAUGGAAUCAUGUGCCUGAAGAGACUGAAUUACGAUCGCAAAGAUCUGGACCGAAGACGAGAAGACGGCCACCACAACAUGAAGGACGUGCUGGUGUGGACCAACGAGCAGGUGAUCCACUGGGUGCAGUCCAUCGGUCUGAGGGAGUACAGCGGGAACCUUCUGGAGAGCGGCGUCCACGGAGCUCUGCUUGCCGUGGACGAGACGUUUGACUACAGCGGCCUGGCCCUCAUCCUGCAGAUCCCCAUGCAGAACACACAGGCACGUCAGGUUUUGGAAAGAGAAUUUAACAACUUGCUGGCCUUGGGUACAGACCGCCGACUUGAGGAGUCGGGAGAUGACAAGUCGUUUCGGCGCUCCCCGUCGUGGCGUAAGCGAUUCCGGGCCCGUGAGGGGGGGUCUGGGAUGAGCAUGAUGGCCGGGUCCAUGGAGACUCUCCCCGCUGGGUUCAGAAUGCCCUCAAUGUCAAUGCCUCCAAAUGUGAACUUGCAUAUGCACAAGAAACAGCUGCAGCCUGAAGCCCCGCCUCCAGCUCUUCCGAGACUCGACCCCUCGGCGGUGAGGACCUACUCGUGUUAA